GUGUGUGUGUGUGUGUGUGUGUGUGUGUGUGUGUGUGUGUGACUACAUUUCCGUUUUGUUUUUUUAAGGUCCGCUUAACUGACAACAAACAUGGAUGCCAAUUGCACAUUGGUUUGCUGUGAAGAGGAGAGAGAAGACGAUAAAGCUGUUAUUGUUCAGUUCUCUAACGGCACCCUGAGGAACACACAGCAGCUGGACUUCAGCUUCUAUAAGAACGUGGACGAGACCAACCCUAGAAAGAAGAACCGGCGCCUGCUGGUUGCAGAAUCAGACAGACUCUCCUAUGUUGGUAAUAACUUUGGAACGGGAUCCUUAAAAUGCAACAACCUUUGCAAGUAUUAUGUCGGGGUGCUGAACAAGGAGACCAUGUUGUUAUGUCCCAGGUAUUAUGAUGGCCAUGUUGUUAUGAACGCUCAACUGUUCAACAUGCAGCCCGUUGUUAUCCCAGCUUCGUCUACAGAGAAUGAUGCAUCCCAGAACACAGAUCUAACAUACAGGGAAAAGGUGGACUCUCUGAUCGAGGCGUUUGGUACCAACAAGCAGAAGAGAGCUCUGACCUCCAGGAGACUGAACCAGGUGGGCAGUGAGACCCUGCAGAGCGCUGUAGCAAAGGCUGCCCACACCAUCAUAGACCAGAAGGGCCUGGAAGCCCUUCAGCAGGAGGUUGUUCAGGCAGAGUCCCAGUCUGAAGUGUCUCAUUACCUUCCUCCCUGCUACCCCGACGCCGACACACCUCAACACGUCUACCUGUUUGACGACAUCCUGUCUCCUGUGGAGUACGAUGUCCUGGAUGCUGCUGGCUCCAAGAUGGCCGCCCUGACCCCAGAGGAACUACAGAAUUUAACAGAUGAAGGGUGUCAGAGCGUGGUGAGUCAGUUGGAGAGCCUGCCCAGAGAGGGCGUGGCCAGAGAGAGACAUGCUCGCUGUGCCUUCUACCUCCUCCUGCUGCUCAAACUGGCACGGCAGAAAAUGACUCGCAAGUUCGGGCAGGAGGAGGGCUGCCCUCGUAUCAUCCACAUCAAGCUGAUGAGGACCUUCACCGUGGAGACCUUCAAUAACGGCAGGGUGCAUUACUUGGUGUCUACGUCGAUGCGUGUGAAGGUGGCAGCGUACUGCCUGGCCCUGCUGCUCCACAUGGGAGACAUGACCGCUGACCUCACCCUGUUACACAGAGACCUGGGGGUCACAGAGAAACGGAUGGUGGAGGUGGCCAAGUCGAUGGGGCUGACCCUGUCCAGACACGGCUGUGUGACGGGGGACGACGGCGGUCCGACGGCCGAAAACAGACUGGCGUCUCUGCGGCUGCCCCUCGUCAAAUACCAAACGUUCACGGAGAUACGCAAACGCAAAAAAUGCAUUAGAGGAAGACUAGGAAGACGAGGAAGACGAGGGGAAACGCUUCCAAAACACACCGACAGCGUCCCAUUUGAGGAAAAUAGUACGCAGCGUCGUCUGGUCGUCUGAAGUUCAACGUUCACCGUUUCUGCCAAGCCGUCUGCAGCAGACAGUCUGAUACAUCCAACGUGACGCUCUACCCAGAAUGCACUGCCUCUGAAACGCAACGCCGCAAGGAUAACGCAGUGUGGUUUACUGGAGAUGAAUGUACUUCUGGGUGUACCAACAUGUAAUGAUGCUGUCGGUGUGAUUGAAGUGUAAGGAGGAAGAGGGGAGGUGAGGAAGACGGGGGUAAGGAGGAAGAGGAGAGGGUAAAUAUUCCUAGAGGGGAGGUGAGGAAGAUGGGGAUAAGGAGGAAGAGUGAAGGGGAGAGGGUAAAUAUUCCUAGAGGGGAGGAGAGGAAGACUGGGGUAAGGAGGAGGAGGGAAGGGUAAAUAUUCCUAAAGCGGGUUAGAUAAAGAUGGAUACUAGAAACCCUCUAUUAUGUAAACAAAUAAAACAUUUUAAUGUAAUAAACUUUAUUUUAAUGUAAUAAUGUAAUAAACUACAUUCAGGUUGUGUGUGAGUUCAUACCGCUCUGUCAGAACAUCACCCGUCUGGAAGAACUGAG